AUGAAGGCUCUUCGAAGAUCGAUCAAAGGCGACAAGGAAAAGGGAGCCAUCGCUCCCAAAUCGGCCGUCGCUAUUGUUCCUCCCAAGAAGGUAAUCCGAGCGCUCUACGACUACGAGGCACGAUCAAGCCAGGAACUUAGCUUCUCUAGAGGAGACUUUUUCCACGUUAUCGGACGCGAGAACGAUCAGGACUGGUACGAGGCCUGCAACCCAGCCCUUCCCGACGCGCGCGGCCUUGUCCCUGUCACCUUCUUCCAGGCUCUCGGCCGCACCGAGCGUGAUAGUGCGCAAUCCGACGGUGGCCAGCCUCCUAUGCCGACAAAGAACCCCGACCACGAUUCCGGAUAUAGCGAAGCCCCCCCGAUGCAGCCUGCAGCACAGCCAGCCGCGCAGCCGCCGGCGGCCUCCAUGCCUCCAAAUCACCGCGCUUCCAAGUCGGUUGGAAAGACCGGAGCUAUGGUCUACGGAAUUGUCAUGUACGACUUUGCUGCGGAGAGGGCGGAUGAGCUGGAGGCCAAGGCUGGUGAGGCUAUUAUCGUCAUUGCGCAGUCGAACCCCGAGUGGUUUGUGGCCAAGCCGAUCGGUCGGUUGGGUGGCCCUGGACUGAUCCCGGUUUCCUUCGUCGAGAUUCGAGACAUGGCAAGCGACAAGGCGAUUGCGAACCCAUCAGAUGCCAUUAAGCGUGCUGGUGUUCCUAAGGUAGAAGAGUGGAAGAAGAUGGCGGCCGAAUACAAGAACAGCAGCAUCACUCUGGGCAAGUUCGAGGGCGGCGGCCCCGGACAACCUGGGCAGCCGAUUGAGCAGGGCAUGGAGCGCAUGAGCCUCCAACAGCACGGUCGACAGAGCUCCCAGAAUGGAUCGCCAGGAUUUGCGAAUCAGGCUCGAACUUCACAGCAAGCACAAAACCAUUACAUUCCGAAACCCGCCGCUCCACUUCAGGCACCACUCCAAGCACGGAUACCUCGAUACUGUUUUGCCGAAGAUAAGUACUGGUUCGUGAUCGAGGCUAUGCUGGAGGAUGGUCGACAAUGGGAGCUGUCGCGCUACUACGAAGACUUUUACGAUUUCCAGAUCGCUCUCCUCACCGAGUUCCCAGCCGAGGCCGGUAACACAGGAACACAAAAGCGCACCCUGCCAUACAUGCCCGGACCCGUUAACUACGUGACGGAUGCAAUCACAGAAGGCCGCCUCCAUAACCUGGAUGCGUACGUCAAGAAUCUGCUUAGCCAGCCUCACUACAUCUCGAGAUGUAACCUGGUGAAGCAAUUCUUUGCGCCCCGAGAAGGAGAUUACGAGAUCGAGGCCGGAGCCAAUGGAGAGGAGUACCGUCUUUCACAAGCGUCUCAACCAUCAUCAACCGAGUCUCCAGCUGUCAACUCGAGGCAAGCAUCUCAAAGCAAUCUCGCUGGUGGCGGAUAUGGAGGACUGUCAGCGGCACCCGCGCACCAGAUGGGCAACGGCCCCCCUGGAAUGCAACGGCAAACGUCAUCACUGUCACAGCCCUCGCAAACAUCUCUGACCCCGAGCAUGCACGCACCCCAACAGCCCGCGUCGGCGAUGAAGAUCAAGAUGUAUUACAAGGGAGAUCUCAUUGCGAUCCGAGUGCCGACGGAUAUUUCGUUCCAACAACUGUGCGACAAGGUCUGCGACCGACUUAAGGUGCCGGCCGGCGACCCAAUCCAGCUUUUCUAUAAGGACGAGGCGACUGGCGAUAAGCCAAGCAUGAUGGACGAUAACGAUCUCGACUUUGCUCUUCAGCGAAACGAGAAGCUGCUGCUGUAUGUGGAGGUGGGAGAUGACUAG